CGAGAGCAGCGGCAGUCAACUUGAAGCAUGAUCUUUACAAUCUACGGCUGCUGGUUUUAUAAUGUUGUUAUCAAAGGGGUUUUUUUCCAAUUCUGCGUGCCUUUGAAAGAUAAAAAUUCCAAAUCCAGCAACAUGUGUUCUUCCCUUUGAUAGCUGCUACUCAACCACCUUAUAAAGGUUCACUACUAGUUUCCUCAAUAAACCCCACCUCUUCAACCUAAUUCUUAUCCUCGAAUUUCUUUAUUCAAGCUUCUUGUUUUUUAGAUCAAAACCCCCAUUUUUCUUUUCACUUUUCAUCCGUUAAGUUUCCAGAUAUUCUACCUGAAAAAAUUGCAGAAUGAGGAGCAAAAGACAUAGCCAUAACAAGUUCAUGCGGUUCAUUACGGUUCCUUUUAAAGCGUUAGUCAAGGCCAGGGAUCUAUAUGUUAGAAGCUUGACAAGUUGUGCUUCAAAAGUGAGCUACGGGCAUGGUUCGGGCGGGUGCUCAGCGCAAUACUCAGGGUUGCCGAGGAGCUUUAGUAGUGCAAUGUCGGCAACGUGUAAUGACAAUGAAGAUCUUAGAGAGCUCAUUAGGGCUGCAUCCGCGACGAGCUUGGGUCAUAGGAAGGAAAUGGAGAUGCUCUUGAAACAGCAGUUGAGGGUGCAGAUGGGAUCGAAAGCCUUGCCCAAGAGUUGCAGUACUGUGAUGGGAAGAAUUGAUGAAGAAAAGCCUUGUGAAUUUGAAGAAAAUGAUGCUUCUGCUGCUGCUGUUGUGAAUAAGAACAAGUAUCCGAGGAGCAGAAGCUAUGCUGUCACUAAAACAACUUCUUUUGAUUCCUAUUGAUCAUGUAAAGGGGACGUAAAAAAGAACCCUCCACUUAGUUUCUUUUUGUUGUUGUGAGAUGUUUUCUAGAAGGUUGUUUCCAGAUAUUAUAGAAAUUGGGAAAACUAUUCCCAAAGAAGAA